AUGUCAGUCCUACAUGGUGGAGGUGGCGGCUUCCUCCAGCGACGCCUCACAAAGCUAUAUACCGAUACGAAAACCUCAUGUGAAAGUGUCACAACGGCCUCGAAGGCUGUCGACGACCCCGAACUUGUCGCCCUUCAUAGCAGUUUCCAGAAACAGAGAGAUCGCUUGUUGGCAUGGGGUCUAGAUUGGAGCGAUGCCAGCGCGGCUCAGCCCAAUGACAUCGACGAAUCUCUGACUGCAGCUGGCUUCAGCGAUGUUGUCGAGAGUGUUAUGUCAUCAAUCCAAGAGCUCCUUAACGACGCCGAACAAAUACAACAUGUCGAUGCGCUACCACUCCCCUCCAAAGAACGAAAGAUCGAUCUCCCUUCAAAAGACACUCUUGGCAGUCGGUCACUCAAGACACAAUGGACAGAGGAAGACAUCACUCGUUCAAAAACAAUCUUGAACGAGCUCACUGGAUGCAUUGAUACCCUAUAUGACUUGUCGCGCUCGCGCCGCACGAUGGCCUCGAGUAUGUCGUCAAGCAGGAUGGAGCGUAAGCUGCGCGCCAAUCCCACAUCACCUUACGAUUCUUCCCACGGCGCAUUUGGUGAGUCCAAAGAGAAAGUACAGAGCCCGAAGCAAUUGUUCGACCCCUACUCCUACUCGCCGUCUACGACACACCACGAUUCCUCUAAUCCGUUCCUCCCGUCGAACCGUCUCCUUAUUGAGCGCUCAGCUCUCCAACUAUAUGGAGCCGCUCAUGAUAACAGCCCUCCACCAUAUGAACCUGUUGCGGCAUCUUCCAAUUCGCGUGCCAUUGGACGCCUUAGCGCUUCUGCGUCUCCAAUUCUAGCCUCUACAAAGGAGUCGCACGUAUCUGUCCUGGUCGAAUUUAUUCCCAUAAUGAUGGACGCAAAAAUGAGCCCCAAGAGUUCGCGACUGGAAAAGCUUCAGCGGUCUUUGGAACAGUUGCUGCAGAAUGCCAGGAUAUCUCAUCUAGGUCUCAUGCGAUUCAUGGGUUACUGUAUCGACCAGCCCAAUGCUCGCUAUGCCUUCCUUUAUCAGAUGCCGGUCGACUAUUUCCCAUUCCUUCAGAACCCCAGUGAUUUGUUGAAAGAGCUAAAGCCCAAGACAUUACUGGCUCUCCUUCCUUCAGCCGAAGACUCCCGAGAGAAACGAGUCCCAAACCUCGACACUCGCUUUCGAUUGGCUUACGAUCUGUUGAUGUCUACUCUUCACCUGAGAAGUCAGAACGUCGUACAUGGUAAUAUCAACAGCAGCAACGUCAUCUUCUUCCCUGGCCGCGAUGAUGCUAGUGAUGACGAGGGCGGGCUUGCACCAGAUCUUCGUCGUCCUUAUCUAACUUCUCUUGCAAGGUACUCUGGCGAUGGACCCACACCUGAGCCGUUGUCUUCUGCAAUGUAUCGUCAUCCAGAAGAUAAGAGAUCGGUAGAAGAUGAUGGCGCUUGGGCUUAUGAUCUAUACUCCCUUGGCCUCAUCCUUUUGGAGAUUGGAUUAUGGGCCCCUGUUGGUCGGCUCUGGAAAAUGAAAUAUGAUCGUACAUGGUUCAAGCACCGUGUGGAAGAUCUUUACGUCAAGAAGCUUGGCCCGAAGUGCGGGGGUGCCUACCUUCAAGCUGUUCAGCUAUGUCUUGAUGCCCCUAACUUUCAUCUGUCAACGCAACCAAUGACCGAUCUUGGUCUUCGUGUGCCUCAGAUCUACCACUACCCGGUCCUUGACCUUUCCGAACCCGACGGCACUUUCUCCUUUUCGAUGAAUUUUAUGUAUACGAUUUGCAAAAUUCUAUGGUCUUGCUGUCGCAUUGACAUAUUCUCUGCGCCUGGGGCAGAGGAGCUUGAUGACUGUCUCCCUCUUGCACUCGUCCCAACUCCCGAAAUUCCUGAACCCCUCACUAUCCAGGAAAAGGUCAAUGCCUACAAAGCAAAGCAUGACUUGACCAACUUGGACAAGAAGCUCCCUAGCAUUCCUCAGGAGCAAUGGACUCCUCCUUCAAAUGAGAAGAAGGCUGUCGAGAAGCCUGCCAAGAAGCGCACUCUCAAGAGGCUUCCACACUUGGAAAUCCCAGAUGACCACUUACAGGAAUGGAAUUUCCAUAUGAUGCCUCGCUUGAGUCGUCUCCUUCAGAAGAUUCUGAAAGAUUCUUCCGAGUCUUGUGCAGUUAAUCUUACCAUGACUGGCGAGUCUGCCGAAAGUGCGAGAACAACAAUCUGUGUCACCUGUGCUAGCGUGAAGAAGGUACGAUUCGCUUUGAAUAAGCACUUCUCUCUCGGUCGAGAUGAUUGGGAUUUGGUUGUGCUGCGUGGCGAUAUCGAAAGAUCCAAGGUGCCUCGUACUAAACGCCGCCGCCCGGCCAAGACUCGUCCCAAUGUGUCGAAUGCGACUCCCUUUCGCCAGAGAGAGCUCAACCCAUCACCUACCCCCGUUUCCUAUGGUGGCGCUGUCAUCGUCGAUGGGUUGCCAUAUGGUUUAACCGUUCAUCACAUGUUGGAAGCACCCAGCGAAGAUGAAGGCCAAGGUGAUAAUCCCGGAGACUCGAACUCAGAAGAUCCAUCAAGGUCUGCAGGCAAUUGGCCCCGCGAUACAUCCAAUACACAAGACACUGGCUUCAUGCAUAACUAUGCCGUGGACGAGCCUGGUAUGGAUCUCGAAUAUGAAAUUUCCGAUAUCGAGGACGGGGACGAUGCAUCAUUUUCGCAAGGCCAUGAGUCUGGGUAUGAUGAGUCUUGGCUUUCAGAUGAGGAAUCUUCGGAUGAUGACUCCCUUGGCGGGGACGAUGACGAUGACGAUGCUGCAUCAAUCGGCGACACUGCUGGUAUUGAACCUGGCGAGGAACCUCGGCUGCUCGUCACACAACCCGCUAUCGACGACGUGCACGAUGACUUUUUUCCAUCCCCAGAGGAUCGAGAUGAUGAGCACCUCGCCUCACACUCUCUUGGCUAUAUCCACGCCUCCUCUGGAGUACGUCGUUGGACUCGAAAGGGGCUCAAACAUGAAAUUGAUUGGGCCCUCAUCAAAGUUGAUGAAGCUCGGAUGGACCCCCGCAAUAUCGUUCUUGACACUACCAGAUCCAGUGUCGCCCGCCCAGGACGGCCCAUCCCACCACAUCCCAUUUUCCUAAAUCAAGUCGCCCGGAUGGAGGAGCUAGGUGGUUUGCACGUUCAUUGCUGUGGCCGGACAAGCGGGCUUCAAACAGGCCAGAUAUCGAAGGCCAUGACACUGGUUAAGCUGCAUGGCCGGCAUUCUUUCUCGACAAGCUUUUGCGUCGAUGGAAAUUUUGGAGCCCCCGGCGACUCAGGCGCAUGGGUCUUCGACCGCCCAACCGGUCGCGUCUGCGGCCACGUCCUCGCCUGGUCCGAAAAGACACACACAACCUACAUCUCCCCAAUGGAGGUAACCCUCGAUGACAUCGCACGCACCCUCAACGCCUCCCUUGUCUCCCUCCCCGGCGACCCAAGCAGGUCAAUGGCAUACCCCAAUCCUACCUCGCCGCACGCCCAAUACAGAUAUCAAGCUCAGCUGCCCGGUGACUUUAGCCGUCUAGCACUUGGUGCUGGAGGUGGAAGUCCCGGCCCACCUGUUCCUCCUUAUCCACAUCAAUUUCCUCAUCCUCAUGGCCAACCUGGUCAUGGUCGUCCUCCCCCUCCGCCACCUCCUCCUCCGCCUGGCUCGCGUGAAGCCCGUGGGCCUGUGUACCGUGGCCCUGUUCCCCCAAUUCCCCCAUCUCUUAUGAGUGGACCGCGCAGUAUCGAAAGACAACUUGCCUAA